GCAGAGUUCUGGUGGAAGCUCGGCCUCAGCGUGAUCCUCGUCCUCCUCGGCGGCGUCUUUGCCGGGCUCACGCUAGGCUUGAUGGGCCUCGACCUCGUCAACUUGCAGGUCCUCGCAACCUCCGGGGAGGACAAGGAGCGCCGCGAUGCUGCAAAGGUCAUCAAGCUUCUCGAGCGCGGUCGUCAUUGGGUCCUGGUCGUGCUCCUCCUGUCCAACGUCGUCGUCAACGAGUCUCUGCCCAUCUUCCUCGACUCGAUUCUCGGCGGCGGCGUCGGCGCAGUUGCACUGUCGACCCUCGCCAUCUUCAUCUUCGGCGAGAUCAUCCCGCAGUCGGUCUGCGCCCGCUACGGCCUCCGCAUCGGCGCCGUCGCGGCGCCGUUCGUCCUCGGCCUCAUGUACCUCGAGUUCCCCAUCGCCUACCCGAUCGCCAAGCUGCUCGACCGCCUCCUCGGCGAGGAGCAGGGCGUCACGUACAAGAAGGCCGAGCUCAAGACGUUUGUCGGCCUGCACAAGCAGUUUGGCGAGGAGACGCUCAACGACGACGAGGUCACCAUCAUAUCGUCGGUCCUCGAGCUCGGCGGCAAGAGCGUUGCCGACAUCAUGACCCCGCUCGAGGACAUCUACUCGCUGCCGUCGGACACCAAGCUCGACCACACCGCCGUCGACCAGAUCCUCGUCUCGGGCCACAGCCGCAUUCCCGUCCACAUGCCCGAGAACAAGACGGACUUUGUCGGCAUGCUCAUCGUCAAGAAACUCAUCUCGUACGACCCAGAGGAUGAGAAGCUCAUCGGCGACUUUGCGCUUUCCGUCCUGCCCGAGACCGGUCCCGACUCGACCUGCCUCGACGUCCUCAACUACUUCCAGCAGGGUCGCUCGCACAUUCUGCUCGUCUCCAAGACUCCUGGCGAGCCGGGCGGCGCGAUGGGCGUCGUCAGCCUCGAGGACAUCAUCGAGGAGAUGAUCGGCGAGGAGAUUGUCGACGAGACGGACCUGUACAUCGACAUCCACGCCAAGACCAAGGUCGUGCGCGCGCCCGCUCGCAAGCAGGCUGCGGGCGCCGGCAAGCAGCUCGCCCCGCUCAUUGCUGGCGUCAUCGAGCGUCGUCGUCAAGCUCGUCGGCAAAACACGGCCGACCCGCCAGGCUCGUUCGGCCUGCCCGACAGCGCCUACACGACCGACGGCCGCUCCACGCCAGCUCUUGGGGCCGGUCCGGCGUCCGGCUUCGACAAGGUGCGCCUGCGCGGCGGCGGCAUGCCUGAGCGGCGGCCCGGGAACGGCGCGGCGACGCCGAUACGGCGGGACGCGAGCCCGGCGCGCGUUGUCGGCCAGCGCAGCCCGAGCUCGCUGCGGCAGUCGAUGGAGGACGAGCGCACGCCGCUCAUACAGCAGAGCGGCAAGAAUGGCGACCAGGCGUAGCUGUCGCCGAGCCGCCCUUCCUUCUCUUUGUCCUUGUCCUUCCUCCCCUCUCGCACAGACCCUCCUCGCACAAAGCAAUUUUCCUCCUCCCUUUCCUCCCUCCUCGCCGUUGGUCGAGCCUGUAGACUAUAUCUGUCGAGCUUGGCGCGAAAAGCCUUUGCGAUCGUC